AUGGAUGUGAAAGAAAGAAAACCGUACCGAUCCCUAACUAGGCGCCGUGACACUGAGAGACGUUACACCAGCUCCUCGGCUGACAGUGAUGAUAACAAAAUACCCCAGAAGUCUUACAGCUCCAGUGAGACUCUGAAAGCCUACGACCAAGACUCAAGGAUCUGCUAUAGCAAUCGUGUUAAAGACAUGGUCCACCAGGAGAUAGAUGAAUAUUGUCGAACAGGUGGCAACUUUACAUUGCAUGAAUUGGGUUUUGGAGAAGUGACUCCACCUCAUGGGACACUUUACAGAACUGACAUUGGUCUGCCCCAUUGUGGAUACUCUAUGACUGGUGAAAAUGAUGCAGACACAGAAGCUGACACCGUUUUAUCACCAGAACACCCAGUGAGACUCUGGGCUCGAAAUACCAAGUCAGGGAGGAGUUCCUGCUUGUCGAGCAGAGCUAAUUCUAACCUGACACUCACAGACACUGAGCACGAGAACACAGAAAAUGGUCCUCCCUUGCAUUGUUCAUCUGCUUCAUCUACCCCUAUUGAGCAAAGCCCUUGCCCUCCCCCUAGCCCAGGAGCCAAUGAAAGCCAGAGGAGGCUACUAGGCAGUGCUGGGGCCAGGCCUGGCCAGGAUUCAGACUCAGACGGAGACUUUGUCCCUAAUACAUUCUUAGCAAAAAGUGGUGCAGGUAACGUUUGUGCCCCUGCACACAAAACUGAUCUGCCACUGGGUCUGCAAAACCAUUUAAGACUAAGGACGCCUCCACCGCCAUUGUCACACAGUUCCAACCCUCACCAUGCAGCUUCCAUCAACUCCCUGAACAGGGGAAAUUUCACCCCACGUAGCAACCCUAGUCCCGCCCCCACGGAUCACUCUUUGUCAGGAGAGCCACCAGGGGGAGUCCCAGAGCCCCUCCAUGCUCAGGACAGCUGGCUCCUCAACAGUAACAUCCCCCUGGAGACCAGAAACAUAGCAAAGCAGACAUUCCUAGAGACAUUGCAGGACAACUUCAUAGAGAUGGACAUUCUCACCACUUCCCGACAUGACGGUGCAUACAAUGAUGGGCAUUUCCUUUUUAAGCCCGGAGGCACGUCUCCCCUCUUUUGUACCACCUCCCCAGGCUACCCCCUGACCUCCAGCACGGUCUACUCCCCGCCUCCCAGACCGCUCCCCCGUAGCACUUUCUCCAGACCAGCCUUCAACCUGAAGAAGACAUCUAAAUAUUGCAACUGGAAAUGCGCCGCUCUCAGUGCCAUUAUUAUCUCGGUCACCCUGGUGAUCCUCCUGGCAUAUUUCAUUGCCAUGCACCUGUUUGGCCUAAACUGGCACCUGCAGCCGAUUGACGGGCAGAUGUAUGAGAUCACAGAAGACAGAGCGAGCAGUUGGCCAAUGCCAACGGACGUCACCUUGUACCCCUCAGGGGGAACAGGUUUUGAUUUACCUGACCGGAAAGGCAAAGGAACAAGUGAAGUAGGAAAGCCAAGCAGUCUGUUUCCUGAUGAUAGUUUUAUUGACUCUGGAGAGCUUGAUGUUGGCCGACGAGCAACUCAGAAGAUUCCACCUGGUAUAUUUUGGCGAUCUCAGGUCUUCAUAGAUCAUCCUGUGCACCUUAAGUUCAAUGUGUCCCUUGGCAAAGCUGCUCUUGUUGGAAUAUACGGCAGGAGAGGCCUCCCUCCUUCACACACACAGUUUGAUUUUGUGGAGCUACUAGAUGGAAGGCGACUUCUAAGUCAGGAGGCGCGAGGCUUGGAAGGUCCUCAAAGACUUCACAGGGGAGUUGUACCACUGGCCAGUCAUGAAACAGGAUUUAUCCAAUACUUGGACUCUGGGAUUUGGCAUCUGGCAUUUUACAACGAUGGCAAAGAGACAGAAGUGGUUUCUUUUCUUACAACAGCAAUCGAAUCGGUGGACGACUGCCCAAGCAACUGCUAUGGAAAUGGUGAAUGUGUCGCUGGAAGUUGUCGCUGUUUUCUGGGCUUUCUGGGACCAGACUGUGGCAGAGCAUCGUGUCCCGUAUUGUGCAGCGGCAAUGGGCAGUACAUGAAGGGACGUUGCUUGUGCCACAGUGGCUGGAAAGGCGCAGAAUGUGAUGUUCCCACGAGCCAGUGCAUAGAUGUAUCCUGCAGUAACCAUGGCACAUGUAUUAUGGGAAUCUGCAUCUGCAACCCUGGAUACAAGGGAGAAAACUGUGAGGAAGUGGACUGCAUGGACCCAACUUGCUCUGGACGUGGGGUGUGUGUUCGAGGGGAGUGUCAUUGUGCAGUCGGCUGGGGUGGUCCAAGCUGUGAGAAUCCCAGAGCUACCUGCUUAGAUCAGUGCUCUGGACAUGGGACCUUCCAGGCAGACACUGGUGUUUGCACUUGUGACUCCAACUGGACUGGCCAUGACUGCUCUAUAGAGAUCUGUGCAGCUGACUGUGGCGGACAUGGGACAUGUAUUGGAGGAAGCUGUCGCUGUGAUGAAGGCUGGAUGGGCACCGCGUGUGAUCAGCGAGCAUGUCACCCGCGCUGCAAUGAACACGGGACAUGUCGGGAUGGGAAAUGUGAAUGCAGUCCGGGCUGGAAUGGAGAGCACUGCACUAUUGAGGGCUGUCCUGGCUUGUGUAACGGGAAUGGAAGAUGCACGUUGGAUAUGAACGGGUGGCACUGUGUAUGUCAGCUUGGCUGGCGAGGGACAGGAUGUGACACUUCCAUGGAAACAGCCUGCGGGGAUGGCAAGGAUAACGACUCAGAUGGCUUGGUGGACUGUACGGACCCUGACUGCUGCUUACAGGCUUUGUGUCACACAAACGCUCUGUGCCUGGGCUCGCCAGACCCUCUCGAUAUUAUCCAGGAGACGCAGGCCCCCGUGCCACAGCAGAACCUGCAGUCUUUCUAUAAUCGCAUUAAGUUCCUGAUAGGCAAGGACAGCACACACUUCAUCCCAGGAGACAACCCCUUUGAAGGAGGACAUGCCUGCGUCAUCCGUGGACAAGUAAUGACAGUGGAUGGAACACCACUAGUGGGAGUGAAUAUAAGCUUUGUCGGGACACCACUUUGGGGCUACACCAUCAGUAGACAAGACGGAAGCUUUGAUCUUGUUACAAAUGGUGGCAUUUCCAUUACGCUUCGUUUUGAACGGGCUCCAUUUAUUACUCAAGAGCAUACACUCUGGUUGCCAUGGGAUCGCUUUUUCGUCAUGGAAACUAUAACAAUGCGGCACGAGGAGAACGAGAUUCCCAGCUGCGACUUGAGCAGCUUCGCCCGUCCGAACCCGGUUCUGUCUCCUGCUCCACUUACGGCAUUUGCCAGUUCAUGUUCUGAAAAAGGUCCCAUUGUUCCCGAAAUCCAGGCUCUACAGGAGGAAAUAACCAUUCCUGGAACUAAAAUUAAAUUAAGUUACUUGAGCAGCCGGAACUCUGGAUACAAAUCAGUCCUGCGGAUCAGUUUGACCCAUCCUACAAUCCCGUUUAACUUGAUGAAAGUUCAUCUAAUGGUGGCAGUUGAAGGUCGUCUUUUCAGGAAGUGGUUUGCUGCAGCUCCCGAACUUUCCUACUUUUUCAUCUGGGAUAAGACGGAUGUCUACAGCCAGAAGGUGUAUGGGCUCUCAGAGGCUUUUGUUUCUGUGGGUUACGAAUAUGAAUCCUGCCCAGACCUGAUACUGUGGGAGAAAAGGACGGCUGUGCUCCAGGGUUAUGAGAUCGAGGCUUCUAAGUUAGGUGGAUGGUCCGUGGACAAACAUCAUUCUCUUAACAUACAAAGUGGCAUCCUGCACAAGGGUAAUGGAGAGAACCAGUUCAUCUCUCAGCAGCCCCCUGCGAUAGGAAGCACUAUGGGUAACGGACGACGGCGGAGCAUUUCCUGCCCCAGCUGCAAUGGCCUUGCUGAUGGUAAUAAGCUCCUCGCUCCAGUUGCCCUGACUUGCGGGUCUGAUGGAAGCCUUUAUGUUGGAGAUUUUAACUACAUCCGAAGAAUCUUCCCCUCAGGAAACGUCACUAGCAUUUUGGAGUUAAGCCACAGCCCAGCACAUAAAUAUUACCUGGCGACAGAUGCUAUCACAGGCUCUAUCUUGCUCUCUGAUACCAACAGCCGACGUGUCUAUAGGAUCAAAUCUACGGUGGUGGUGAAGGACGUUGUGAAGAACUCAGAGGUUGUGGCGGGGACUGGGGACCAGUGUCUUCCUUUUGAUGACACACGAUGCGGGGAUGGCGGUAAAGCCACGGAGGCUACACUCAACAACCCACGAGGAAUCACAGUGGACAAGUUCGGACUGAUAUAUUUUGUUGAUGGCACUAUGAUCCGGCGGAUUGACCAGAACGGUAUCAUCUCAACCCUACUGGGCUCCAAUGACCUGACCUCAGCGCGACCCCUCAGUUGCGAUUCCGUCAUGGACAUCUCUCAGGUUCGUUUAGAAUGGCCAACAGACUUAGCUGUCAAUCCAUUGGAUAACUCACUUUAUGUCCUGGAUAAUAAUGUUGUGCUUCAGAUUUCUGAAAAUCACCAGGUGCGCAUUGUUGCAGGAAGACCAAUGCACUGCCAGGUACCAGGGAUUGACCAUUUUCUGCUAAGCAAAGUGGCUGUUCAUGCAACCUUGGAAGCAGCUACAGCGCUGGCUGUAUCUCAUAAUGGCAUUUUGUACAUCUCUGAAACAGAUGAGAAAAAGAUCAACAGAAUCAGACAGGUCACCACCAAUGGGGAAAUUUCAUUGGUCGCUGGAGCACCAAGUGGUUGCGAUUGCAAGAAUGAAGCCAACUGUGAGUGUUUUUCUGGAGAUGAUGGCUACGCAAAAGAUGCCAAACUAAAUGCUCCCUCAUCUCUUGCAGUCUGCGCUGAUGGUGAGCUUUAUGUGGCAGAUCUUGGAAAUAUUAGGAUACGAUUUAUCCGCACAAACAAGCCAUUCCUUAAUAGUCAAAACUUGUACGAGGUUUCUUCUCCGGUUGACCAGGAGUUGUACCUUUUCGACACUACUGGGAGACACGUUUACACUCAAAGCCUUAUUACCGGAGAUUAUCUCUUCAACUUCACAUAUACUGGUGAAGGAGACCUGACCCUCAUCACCGAUAACAAUGGGAAUACAUUAAAUAUAAGGAGAGAUUCAACUGGAAUGCCACUUUGGUUAGUGGUCCCUGAUGGUCAAGUCUAUUGGUUGACUAUAGGUACAAACAGUGCCCUUAAGAGUGUGUCAGCUCAAGGACACGAAUUGGCCAUGAUGACGUAUCACGGAAAUUCAGGUCUACUUGCAACCAAGAGUGAUGAAAAUGGAUGGACAACCUUUUAUGAGUAUGACAGCUUUGGGCGUCUGACCAAUGUCACAUUCCCAACGGGCCAAGUGAGCAGUUUUCGCAGUGACACUGACAGCUCAGUAAAUGUCCACGUUGAGACAUCAAAUAAAGAAGAUGUCACCAUAACGACCAAUCUGUCAGCCUCUGGGGCCUUCUACACAUUGCUGCAAGACCAAGUACGGAACAGCUACUAUAUUGGUGCAGAUGGCUCCCUCAGGCUUAUCCUGGCUAAUGGCAUGGAAGUGGCCCUGCAGACUGAACCUCACCUACUGGCUGGCACGGUCAACCCAACCGUUGGCAAAAGGAAUGUGACUCUCCCAAUAGACAAUGGACUGAACUUGGUAGAAUGGAGACAGCGCAAGGAACAAACAAGGGGCCAAGUCACAGUAUUUGGCCGCCGCCUUAGGGUGCACAACAGGAACCUGUUAUCUCUUGAUUUUGACCGUGUUACUAGAACGGAAAAGAUUUAUGACGAUCAUCGAAAGUUCACUCUGAGAAUUCUGUACGAUCCUGCGGGAAGGCCCAGCCUUUGGUCUCCAAGUAGUCGGUUAAAUGGAGUAAAUGUAACCUACUCCCCUGGGGGGCGUGUCGCCGGGAUUCAGAGAGGAACCAUGUCUGAGAGGAUGGAGUAUGAUCAAGCUGGAAGGAUCAUAUCCAAGACAUUUGCUGAUGGAAAAUCAUGGAGCUACACCUACCUAGAGAAGUCAAUGGUACUACUUCUUCAUAGCCAAAGACAAUACAUCUUUGAAUUUGAUAAGAAUGACCGUCUAGCUGCAGUCACCAUGCCCAACGUAGCACGGCAGACCAUGGAGACAGUUCGUUCCAUUGGAUACUACAGAAAUAUCUACAGACCUCCAGAGGGAAAUGCCUCUGUCCUUCAAGAUUUUUCAGAGGAAGGACAGCUUGUGCAAACACUGUACAUGGGUACAGGUAGACGUAUUAUUUAUAAAUAUGGAAAACUGUCAAAACUUGCUGAGAUCAUGUACGACACCACCAAAAUAGCAUUCACAUAUGAUGAAACAGCUGGUAUGCUUAAGACAGUCAACUUGCAAAAUGAAGGAUUUACCUGUACUAUCCGUUACCGCCAAAUAGGACCUCUAAUAGACCGACAAAUAUUCCGCUUUACUGAAGAAGGCAUGGUUAAUGCUAGGUUUGAUUACAAUUAUGAUAAUAGCUUCAGAGUCACAAGCAUGCAGGCUGUAAUCAGUGAGUCACCUCUGCCUAUUGAUCUGUACAGGUACGAUGAUGUAUCAGGGAAAACUGAACAGUUUGGUAAAUUUGGUGUGAUCUAUUAUGAUAUCAACCAGAUCAUCACUACAGCAGUCAUGACACAUACAAAGCACUUUGAUACCUAUGGAAGAGUAAAAGAGGUUCAGUAUGAAAUUUUUAGGUCCUUAAUGUAUUGGAUGACUGUACAGUAUGACAAUAUGGGAAGAGUAGUGAAAAAGGAACUGAAAGUAGGUCCCUAUGCAAACACAACAAGAUAUUCUUACGAGUAUGAUGCUGAUGGCCAACUGCAAACUGUGUUUAUUAAUGACAAACCUCUGUGGCGUUACAGUUACGAUCUAAAUGGUAAUUUGCAUUUGUUGAGUCCUGGAAACAGUGCCCGCCUCACGCCUUUGAGAUAUGAUCUCAGAGACCGCAUAACAAGAUUGGGGGAAGUUCAGUAUAAGAUGGAUGAAGACGGGUUCCUAAAACAGAGAGGAAAUGAUAUAUUUGAGUACAGCUCUGCCGGCCUUCUCAUUAAAGCCUAUAACAAGGGUAGCGGCUGGAGUGUAAAGUACCGUUAUGACGGUCUUGGAAGAAGAGUUUCUAGAAAGACAAAUUUUGGUCAACAUUUGCAAUUCUUUUAUGCUGAUCUUGCAAAUCCUACCAGAGUCACACAUUUCUACAAUCAUUCAAGUUCUGAAAUUGCUUCUCUUUAUUAUGACCUACAAGGUCAUCUGUUUGCCAUGGAGCUUAGCAGCGGCGAUGAGUUUUAUAUUGCAUGUGAUAACAUUGGCACGCCGUUGGCUGUCUUCAGUGGAACAGGACUUAUGAUCAAGCAGAUCUUGUAUACAGCAUAUGGGGAAAUUUACAUGGACUCAAACCCCGGCUUUCAAAUUAUUAUUGGCUACCAUGGUGGGCUGUACGACCCUCUCACUAAACUCAUCCACAUGGGUCGGCGAGAAUAUGAUGUGUUAGCUGGACGAUGGACAAACCCAGACCACGACAUUUGGAAACGUCUAAGCACCACCAACAUCAUGCCGUUCAAUCUAUAUAUGUUCAAGAACAACAACCCAGUCAGCAGUGCCCAGGACACCAAAUGUUAUAUGACAGAUGUGACGAGCUGGCUGCUCACUUUUGGAUUUCAGCUGCACAAUGUGAUCCCCGGCUUCCCCAAGCCAGAUAUCGAUGCUAUGGAGCCGUCGUACGAACUUAUCAACACUCAGAUGAAGACCCAGGAGUGGGACAACAGCAAGUCUAUCCUGGGAGUGCAGUGUGAGGUGCAGAAGCAGCUGAAAUCAUUUGUUACCCUGGAACGUUUUAGUCAGGUCUAUAGUUCCACCAUCGCAGGUUGUCGGCUGGAGAAGGAGAAUACAAAAUUUGCAUCCAUGGGUUCCAUCUUUGGGAAAGGCGUGAAGUUUGCAAUGAAAGAUGGCAGAGUCAGCACAGAUAUCAUUAGUGUAGCUAAUGAGGAUGGCAGAAGAAUUGCUGCAAUUUUAAACAAUGCCCAGUAUUUGGAGAACCUGCAUUUCACAAUUGAUGGAGUUGAUACUCAUUAUUUUAUUAAGCAGGGUCAGUCUGAGAAUGACCUCUCCAUACUUGGUCUCAGUGGUGGAAAAAGAACCUUAGAGAAUGGAGUCAACGUCACAGUAUCCCAAAUUAAUACAGUUCUUGGUACAAGGACUAGACGUUUCACAGACAUUCAGCUACAAUAUGGCACCCUGAGCUUGAAUACACGCUACGGGACCACAUUGGAUGAGGAGAAAGUCCGUGUUUUGGAACUUGCCAGGCAGAGGGCAGUUUCUCAGGCAUGGCUUAAAGAGCAGCAAAGACUGCAAGAUGGGGAGGAGGGUCUCCGCUUAUGGACAGAAGGAGAAAGGCAACAGAUUCUCAACACAGGGCGGGUUCAAGGCUAUGAUGGCUACUUUGUGAUUUCAGUGGAGCAGUACCCAGAACUCUCAGACAGUGCUAAUAACAUCCAUUUUAUGAGACAGAGUGAAAUGGGCAGAAGGUGACAUAAAGGGUAGAUCUGUUGACUUCUUGCCAAAGACAGCUACUGUUGUGGCCACAUACCUGAACUGUGUUGUAAUCAACCAUUUUUUUAAUGGAUACGAAAGAAGAAAUGAUAUGUUGUUGCGUUGUUGCAUUCCAACUCAUGCAACGUUUCCAUCACUCUCCUUUUUUUUUUUUUUUAAUAAAUUUGGCAUUCACACAUUUUGCAAUGAACAGAAGGUGUUUUGCUGUAGUGUGAUUUCAUUGAGAUUGACUGUUUUUUUUUUUUGUUUGUUUUGUUUUUUCCCCUUGUUCGGGAAUUAAGUGAGGAAUGUCAACGUGCGUUAGCAGGUACUCUGUGUGAAUUGCAAAAGGGAUGUCCGUGAUAAUCAUCUUAACCCUUUAUCAGUGGAUGCAGGGGACAGCUCGCCUUGCAGAAAAAAAGAAAUCUCUUCAGCUCUACCUUAAGAACUGAAUUUGCCUUGAUUUAACCAAAAUCAAUCAUAUCAUUUACUUUGUCUUUCACAAUACAGUAUGUGGCGGGACAAACCUCUGUCCCAACGUAUUGCUUGUGUUGCAUUUCAAUUGCAAAUUAUAGUAUUUUCCAACAGGUUUGGAUAAGUAAGGACUGGCUAAGCUUUUUAUGUGCGUUUAUGGACACACUCAAAUGGGCAAAUGCAACCCACCUUGUAAAAGUUACUAAUUGAAUUGUGUGCCUCUAGAUAACAACAGUACCUUUUCCAUUUUCACUUGGGAUAUUAAGUGUUUUGGGGCUACUAGUGCACAGAAAUUCAGUAGCAAAUGGGACCUAUAUGUUCAAUUGACCAAUUAAAUUGGUUUCCAUUAGGUAAGGCCCACCUGUUUAAUUUUAAACUGAAGCAUUUUGCUGUUUGUUGUACAGUUUCUUAUUUGUUGUUAAUGUCUGAUGUUCUGAUCUGAAUACAUUCUCUGUCCUUUUUUUUUAAAGGGGUCACCUCUCCUCAUUUUGGAUUGGAAGUCACUGUGUUAGUCACUCAGUAUGCUGCAUACGUCUCACAGGCUCAUUUAUAGUUAAAAGAGAACAAUCUUAUACACCAACGUCUCAGAUUACUAAUUGUAUCACUAAACAGAGAUGGUAAAAACCUACAUAUACAAAAUAUUUUCUUUCACACUGGUUAAUAAGAUGGGGGGGCUCAAGCGCAAAUUUCCAAAUGUGACUUAAUUUAUUUUCCACAACUCAGUUUGGUGAUAAAAUUACUAAACUGAGACAUCUGCUUACGUUUUGUUCCCGAAAGGUUGAUUACAGAUACGGUCCAUUUGCUGAGCCCGCAGAAAUCUGUAUUCAGUUACAAACGAGUCUCUGACAUCCUGUAUGCAAAGCACUGCUUCACAGAGAAAAAUCUUAUGUAGAUAUAGGGAUGGUCCAAAAAUCAUUCAGUCUCUCCCAUUUACGUGGGGGAAUCUAGAGAUGUAAUUUUGUACGAAAAAUGCCAAAAAAUGAUAAUAAAAAUAAAUAAAAAUGUAUAAA